ACUGAAGCUAUCUCAUAAUAGAACGGGCAUUUAUAACGGAUGCCGCAGAAGAAAAUUGACAAGGUGGAAAGCAGCUGUACAUGGUGUGACACAAGCGGAGAAGUGUGAUCAAACAGCGUCUUUCACUGUAGAUUAUACUGCCAAUAAAGACUGCACAAAACCACAGAUGAUCUGAUGUCCUUCAGUUUAACGAAAGCAAUAGACCUAAUGGCUGCGGAGCUGUCACUUCCUGUGAGAUAUGAAGCCUAGUUUCUAGUACUGGCUCCAGCGAGCACGUUUUCUGAACAGUCAGUUUCUGGAUGAAGCACAUAAGCAGGAAUGCCAGCUCGACUCCCUCAUUUCCAAAAUUAAAGAGUGAAGGAAGGAAAGCCAGACAAGCAUAGAAAUCGUCUGUAAUUGUCAGCUUCAGAAGAUACAAGAAUCAAUCCAAUACAACUCAAGCACCUGUGACUCCAGAGAGCUGUCACAAGGAGAGACCUAAUAGAUGCAGGGGAACAAGUGAAGAGUGAAUUCACACUUUAGAGAACAGUGACGACCAUCUUGCCAUGAAACCAUUCACAGAUGAAGAAGUAGAAAUCUACAUCCAGAGCAAGGUGGAGCCACGCCAUUAUCUGGUCUCCAAAACGGUGGAGGAGGUGCAGAAAAUCAUCCAGCAGCUGACCGCAGAAAUCAGCUAUAAGGCCACACGAUUCCAGGCUAUCUCCAACUCUGGCAUUCACAAUGAGAAUAUUAAGGUCUUAGCACCGAGCCAGUUCCUCAUCACUGUCCCUCUACGUGGCCUGACUGGGUACAGGGAAAGCCAGGUCCGACACUGGCGUUAUUACACUGUGCACGGAGCCAAGCUACUCUCCUCUGUGCGGGAUCCUGAGGAGCUGCAUCAAUGGCUCGAGGUGGAACAGUUCUCAAAAAGCCUUCAGCAGUGGCACGAAACAGAUGUGAACAUUGAAGGUGACCUGGUUCCAGCCAAAGUCCUUAUCGUCUUCCGAGAGCUGGUGGAAAAGUCAAUUGUUUCCUGUAACCUCUCCAAUAAAGUGACAAUGUUGGAGAGCUUCAGCUCAGUGGUUCGAGUGGCUGUGGAAACAUCAGAAUUCCAGGUUGAGGUGGAGCUGGCUCCUACAGUGGAGAUUCCAACUUGCUGGCCUGAGAAAGCCCGGUGGCCUCGUUGCCUCAAGCGUUGGCCAUCUCAGGAAAAAGUGCAGUGCAUCAAGUCGCUUGGUUUUGACCUCUUGGCCCGCUCCAAUUAUCACUGGCAGCUGUGCUUCUCCCGUGCUGAGCAUAUACUCAUGGAAGGCCUCGACGAAGAUGGUGGUUGUCGCAUGAAAUGCUUCAGAGUCAUGAGGCAGAUGAAGGAGGACGUCUGGUGUGCUGGAAAUAAGCCCGUCAUCACAGCUUAUCAUCUUCAGACAGUGCUAUUCUGGACGUGCGAAAAAUACCCACGCACCAAGGAUUGGCGCUGCUUUCACGAAGCCUUCCUGAGGCUGGUGCAGAAACUGCACAAGUGUGUGAGCCAGCACUUCCUCAAGCAUUACUUUGUCAAGAACACCAAUCUGCUCAAAUAUGCCAACACCAGUGACCUGGAUGUGGUGGCCAGCAAGCUCGCUGUCUUCCUAGAGAACCCCGUCUUCUGCUUGGACUAAGGCUGAAGAAAGCUUCCUCACCUCAACUUUGAGCAGUUUCCCACUUUUUCUCCUCAUCGGUGGUGUUCUUGUCCUUCCAGUAGGUGUUGCAGCUGGCUUUCUGAAGCAGUUGGCACUGAUGGCAUGAACAAAAUGUCAAGAUUGUGGUGGUGGGUGGAGAAAACUGAUGGAAGGCAUUGCUUGAUGCCCAGCCGAUCUAAUUUGCUUUCAACAGCAACAGCUUGCCUAGAAGCUACAGCCCAUGAAACUCAACCCUGUGCCUGUCAGAGCAGCAACUGCCUUAUUCUCUGCCUCCAGUCUUGUGGUGCAUAAGUAGAAAAACGGUGCAAAGGAGUCUCACUCUGCUGCCUACCUGCUGUGCAACCUAGCACAUGGGUGGUGUCUGCCUCCUCCUUUCUCACAAAGACAGUAAGUUUAAUUUGUAGGAUCAUAGAACGGCUUGGAAGGGACCCUAAAGAUCAUUCCCUGCCAACCUUGUAGGCCAACUCUGCAGAAGAGCAGAGGAACAUUAUUUUGGAGGUAUGGAAAACGUGGAAGUCUUCUCUGAGACAGUUUGUGAUGCUUCCUCCUACAAUCAAAUGGGGUCCUGCUCCUGUACAAAGAUAACCCUGCCAGUAGUAUUGAAUUGCUCAAGGGAAGCAGGAGGAAGAAUGUUUUUUUUCUUGACUCCUCAGUUUUUUUUCUCCUCCACCUUCAUUUUUUUUCCUGUUACUUCAAAUAUAUUUUUCUUCACGUUUGCCAGUUCUGUUAGUGCCAAACUAACAGGGGGGCUUGGCCAGAAGAGAUUUCGUUUGCACUCCUGGCUCCACCCAGCAGGCUGGAGGAGGAGUGGGUCUUUCCCUAGUUUUAAGCAUCCAUGUCUUUUGGGGUGUUGCAUAGGAGGAGAAUAUUUUUUCAAGGGCUUGUAGCUUCAACAUUCCCACCACUUUUAAUAUUAAGAAAAGAGAAUAAGUUUUAGGGUUUCAAAAGAAACAAGUCCAUCAGAAGAGAGGUGGCCAGCAGGACAGGGACGUGAUUGUCCCCUUCUACUCUGCUCUUGGGAGGCCCCAUGUGCAUCCAGAUCUGGAGCCCCCAGUACAAGAAAGACAGAGAGCUGUUGGAGAGGUCCAGAGGAGAGCCACAAAG